AUGGCAAACCUUCCGCAGCCAAAGCGUGAAAUCAAGCGGGUUCCCGUGCCCGUCCGCCAUCCAGCUCUCGCUCCUAUAUCUACCGUCACAUCCUCACCACCGGUUGUUCUUCAUACACAUCCAGCAUUGUCAUCGUCAAGUCCGCCGUCAACGCAGAACCAUUUCACUGUCCGUGGCCAAUAUCGACCUCGGGGUCCUAUCCCAAUUGUGGCCACCAACUCUGAGCAACCCCUUCCUGCCCAGCUUGUUCAACGCGACAGAGACUACCAUUACUCCCAACCCUCUGUCCCCUAUCCUCAAUACACCAUCAAUAUGGAUCUGGAAUCACAGAACCGUCAGUCUACUCUACCGCCAGAGUUGGAAGAGGAUAUCAAGGCGGCCGUCCUUGCCUCGAUGCCGUCCCAAGACCCUUCUGCCAUGAGGAUACGCAAGACAAUCCCUUGGAGAAAGGGCUUACGAUGGACAAUACUGUCUCUUUGUAUAUCUCUUGUCAUUGGCGAAAUUCCUGUCAGCAUCUUAUUUGGCACGGAUAUAUCGGCAAUAUUCGCUUUCGUUCUGGGAUCUCUGCUGGCCCUGUGGAAUGGCUACCGUCUCUUCAGGAUGAGACAGAAGUUCGAUAAUGAGGUGAUAUCGGGUUGGCAUAUCGGCCUCGAAUGCACUUCCAUCUUAGCCAUCAUCGCGAUAUCUACCGUCGUGGGCAUCUGGGGCAAUAACAGGGUAGCGCAGCGACAGUACUAUUCUGAUAAUGCGAUAGAAUACACAUAUGGCAAUGUGUGGGAAGACUACUGGCGGGGUUUAUCCGUCGUGAUUAUCUUGGCCAUCUGUGGCGUCCUACACUUCAUUGUCCUCAUCCUCACAGCGAUGGAGAAGUGGACCAAGCCUGCGUAUAUGCAGGUGACCGCUUCCCGCGGUUCCCAGUACCAGCAGCCACCUCAGAUCAUUGUCCAGUACACGCCUACUUGUCCCCACUGCCACGGCCACGAACCUCGCCCGAACGAAGACGAGAACUCGUAUCUCGCGCGCAUAGGCGACUCGCAGCCGCAGGGAGUGGCGCCCGUCACUCUGGCCAAGCACAAGGAGGCCAUGUUUACGGAAGAAACUCUGAACGACUACGAGUACUCUAGACGGUAG